UGUCAAUGUCAACAAACGUCAAAACAAAGCUGAGCUUGAAUUUGGACUUAAAGUUUAUAAUAAUGUUAUUUAAAUAACAAUUUACGUGUUGUUCACAAUGUAAUGAAUUAAUAAGGCUAAGGUCUUUGUUGAUGACUCAGUAAAAUAAAACACCGCGAAGUUGGAUCAAAUUUGCGCACAUGGCAGACGACACUUGCACCAGCAGAUUCUUCCAAGAUACUGAUUUGGCAUCUACAAGCCCGAAUCGAAUUCCUGUCUCGUCAUCAGAACCCCUCAAUCCCUCCCCAGAUACAAGUCAGCAUUCGUUUGGUUCCGACGACGCAGACGUGUUAAGCUUAUCAACACUUUGCAUAGAAGAACAAAAACCAUUACACAUUCAAACAUUUUAUAAUAUUACUCCAAGAGAAAUGCCUGUUUCACCUCAUUAUAUUUUUGAAGAAGAAUUUUCAACAAAUCCUUGGGCAAUGUUAAUAGCAACAAUUUUCCUUACUAAAACUUCUGGCAGAACUGCCAGGCCGAAUAUGAAAAUGUUUUUUGAAGAGUAUCCAACGCCUUACCAUGUUUUACGUGAUAAUCCAAAAUCUUUAGAGAGGUUUUUCGAAAACUUAGGUCUUAGAAAACGAGGCCAUAUGAUUUGGAAAUUGACCUAUCAGUUUGUGUCUUCUAAAUGGAGGAGAGCCAGUGAUCUAGUUGGCAUUGGAAAAUAUGGCGAAGAUGCCUAUAGGAUUUUCUGUCUCGGGCACACAGAUUUAGAUCCUGAGGACAGGUACUUAAGGUUGUAUUUAGAUUGGCUGAGGAACCACACGGAAUUCCCAGAAAGCCAUGGAAUUGCUGAUAGCGAGUUUAUUAUUCAGGAUCCAAGUAUAAAGUAUUAUAAAAUUACUUUGAGAAAUUAAAGUUUGAAGUCUGCAUUGUAUACAAAGUUAUAUAAAAUUAGUAUUUACAAAAAACAUGUUUACAAAAUGCUUAUAAUUGAAUGCGCGUAUAUUGAAAGUUAUGCACUUAGCUAAACUAUCUUAACUCUUUUUACACUCUAUUGGCAAUGUGAUGUUCUUUGGUGCCAUGAUAUCUCUAUUAUCAAUCAGUAUAAAUUCUUUGGGAAAGAGCAAAUAAAGAUAUGAUUAUGUAACUAUGCCAAAUUUUGUUUAUUUAUUUAAAUAUUUUAUCUUGUUGGUUUAAACAUCAACAAAAAUUUAAAUGCAGAAAAAUCUGAAAUUCAUGAAAAAUGGAUAUCAUGUAAAAUAAAAAUAUAAAACUUUUGCGCCUAUUUUUAAGUCAUAUACAAAACAGUCGUAGUGCAUGUUUGCCUGUAAAAUAUUUGGCGCAUUUUGCUGUACAAAAACAUGAUGUAUCAUUUAUGACCAUGGAAUUAGUAGGUACUCCGUACAACACGGAGUAGGGUAGGUACGUCUUAUUCCAUGUAUGACAUGUACUAUGUAGCUGCAGGCUGUGCUAUGAUAAUUUUUGUUGUUAAUUUUAAAAUAUUGUUGGGCAUAAAUAUCGAAAAGGAUCUUAUUGGAUUUACCCCAUGAUAUAACCAAUAUCAUGGGAUAUGGAAAGUACUUACUUUACGAAUUUAAUGAUAUUAUACGCAGUACAAAAACAAAACUAGGUAGCAAUAAUUUCAAGUACCUAGGUACUCUCUCAUUCUUGCACGGUCAUGGCACACCGAGACUGUGUUGUUUUAUAAGUAUUGUAGUUAACUAUUUAAUAAUAUAAUCAUUU